UGGGAAUGUAAAGGGUGGUGGUGAGAAGCAGCACAUGUACGAGUCAAGCCAUUCUGUCUCCACUACCACUACCAUCACCGUCAUGAUUUGCCCCGACUUGCUGUUACUGCUGCUCCUGCCCUUUACACUGUUUACGUGAGUUACUUUUGCCCCUCACACUACCCACAUGAGAAAACGAUGGCAGACGAAAGAAAUACUUCAAAGAAAACUUAGCCAAACCAUGGGCAUACUUGUUGUUGAGGACAGUUUACCCUCCCAACAGUGUGGUGAGAGGGAUGGAUCAAGCGUCGUGUGAGUGGGGUCUCUUCCUCAGCUCAGAGAUAACGUUACUCAAACCUUCCCUGGUUGGUAAAUGUUACUCACAUAUUAUCUGCAGGAAACAGUGCAUUGAACAGGUGCACUUGUACGUGAGCGUGUGUGAUGGUCCGUGGCAGUACACAGAGUUAAGAGAGAAAAGAACUCGUACGAAUCUUUUAAAGAACCAGAGUCACCAUGGUGGGGAAGCUAUAAAAGGCGGGCCAGGUUGUGUUGACAGCAGUCCACCAUGAGACGUCGCGGAGUGAAAACAACACUCAGCUGGGGCCCCUGCUUCAGGCUCCUGUGGUCGCUGUUGUCGCUCUCCCUGCUGGUUCCUGCUGUCAGCGGUGAGGUUCAUCAAAGGUUUCGUCCGACGGACACGACAAGGUUACAAGACACUGCCACCAUCACAGACACUCAUCUUACAGACACCGGGUGGCUACAUUUCCUUACAUUAACAGACACAGGGUUGUUAGGAUCACAAGACACACAAGAUGUUGGGACACAUCCUACAUCUAAGACACUCGUUGAACGUAGAGUCAGUGAAACAUGGACAGGAUCAAGUCUCUCCCAGUCAGCUGACAGUACAAACACGAUAAACUUGGUGACACCGGCCAUGGAACAUUAUCUUUUUCACCUUAACUCUAUUAAAAGAUUAAGAUUUCCAAAACGCAAUAAUAAACCUGAGAUUAACAAACUUGUCAACACAAUAAGAAAGAAAACAAAAUUAAUUCAUCGUAAUAUAUUAAACAAGAGAAAGAAAUAUAACAAGAGAAGACGUAUCAGAAGAAAUUCUAGUACAUUUUCUUACAGUACACUUUUAGAAAACGAUACACAAUCCGCACACAGUACAAACACAACUAGAGGAAGAAACAACCAAGACAGAAGACAGGAGACAGCCAGACACCCACUGAGGAGACGAACAGACAGAGCAAGAGUGUGGACAGACAAAUACCCCGACAGUGAUAAAAGCACAGCAACCACAGUGGUGGAGGACGACCCAGCAGCCACACAACUCAAGGAAGAUGGUGACCUGGUGGCUGAGGAGUCACUCUCUGCACCCAUCUUUGUUACCAUAGUCCAGAGGAACCAUGAAGCUGACUAUUUCCUCGACAAGCAUCCUGUUCAUCCUUCUCCUUCUCCAUACCAUCAUCCACCAGAAUACUAUCCUCCUCCUCCUCCUCCUCCAUCAUAUCAUCCUGAACCUGAACACCAUCCUCCACCUCCAAAAUAUCAUCCUGUACCCGAGUACCAUCCACCUAUUCCUCCUUCCAAGUACUACCAUGAUAAAGGGUACCACAGCUAUGAGACAGAAACAAAGUACUACCACGCCUCAGAUUACAAUGAGCCCAGCUACCACAAACCCAAAUUUUACCCAGAGACGUUAUAUGACCACAAAUUAGAGUAUCACCCCCCUCCACCACCUCCCCUUCCUCUCUCAAAGCCCGAGAAGGGUUACCAAUACGACCCUCCAGUGUACCAUCCUCCUAGCCACCAUGACUACCUGCCACCCCCUCCACCACCACCAAAACCAUACCAUGAGACCGACUAUUACCAUGAACCUGAUUACUACCAUCCUGAAGUGCACCACCACCACCCACCUCCUCCCAAGUAUGAAUACCACCUCGACGUAUAUGACCGAAAGGACGAUUACAAGCCACAGUAUUACGACCACCCCUAUCCUGAUCCUUACCUAGACCACACAGAACCAGUGGAAGAAGUCAAGCACGAGUACCGAAAAGGUUCAAGAUCCUUUGAAUACGGCGUCAGUCAACUUGCUUCCUUGCACGUGAAUAGAGAUGCCCUGUAUGAGGAUGCUCCCCCACAUGGAUUCAUCAAGGCCAAAUAUGAACCUCCUGCUGUUUAUCAUCCUGAGCCACUUUACUCUCCACCGCCACCACCAACUUACCACAGCUGAAGAAGCGGAGUCUCUCUCCCAGCAAGGCCUAACCUACACCACAGCUACACCUGCCAAGCCAUCACUCCUGCCCACAGCCUACACGCUCUCUCCUGUCACCUCAACUACUUCUUCUAAGGUCUUUGAAUCUUCUGAUAGAACUCCUGAGGUCCCUGAAACUUCCUCACCAUUAACUUUUGCAGCAUCAGAAUCUCCAGUAGCAUCCACAGAAGUCGUCCCAACUCCAACAGUAUCGCCAAAUAAUCUUGUUUUCCCUGAACAGAAAAUUAAAAGACGUCCUCUGAAGGACACCUUGGAGAACUCUGAAGGUGGUAAAUCUCUGGAAGUCUUGACUCAGCCAACAGUAACAACACCCAAACUAAGACUUACACCAAGUGACCUCAUCAUGAACCCUGUGGUAAUUACAACUCACACUCAAAAUGAGAAACCAGUUAUGUCUGAGAGUUUGGUAACAGAUGAUUCACCUGAGAUGACAAAUGAAACAAUCUUACUGAUAGAGGACUCAACUAACACACCUGACAGACUCGCUGACACUCUUGUACAAACACCAGUCACGACGCAGCAGUCUGUAGGCGAGACAGAAACCAUAAGACUUACACACACACCAGAUGGACUUGUUGAUGCCUCUGUUGAGACACCUACCACACAGCAAAUUGUGGACGAGAUUCAACUCUCAAGACUGACUGCAAAAGAUAAACUUCAGAGACUCAGAAUUAUGGAUGAAGUUAAUGUAAGAGAAACAUCCAGCCAACCAACAAGCACACAGACAAUCCAAAGUAGUAAAGAUCUGUUUGAACUAUUUUAUCCUAACCACAAUCCAACAUCACUUGCACCUCUUUCCCCUAACACAAUUAACCAUACUGACAUUAACAAACUUGCUCGUUUCUUUUUGUUUAACAAAAAAGAAGCUGACACUUCAGAAUCACUUGCUAAAAAUUUACUGCCUGAGGAAGCUAAAAUACUUACAAGUACAGAACAACAAACAUUAAGACCCAUUUCUAUUAGUAAACAAAAUGUCACAAUCCUUCAAUUCCCGAGAGAACUCCCUUCAGAUCCCAUUGCCGAGGGAGGGUUCCAGCCUGUCUUGAAUCCCUCAAAACCAAUAAAUAAUAAUAGGACUGAUCAAACUCUCAUCCCAAAUAAUUAUGGCAUAAUGUUCCCAUCAAAUAUGAGUACAUUAUUGCCAAGUAUAUGUGGCACCAUACAGACACCCAGUAAUGUGAUGUAUGACUCAAGGUCAUCCUCUCACAUUUACAGUAAGACAAUCUCAACUGUUCAUAUGUUACCAGGUAAUACCUAUGGGUCAAACAGGCCCUCAAGAUGGUUAGUCACUGCCCAGAAGGUCAAGAUUCUGUCUCUUGAAGGACGGGUUAGAACAACACCUAAUGCACAGGUAAAUGGUAAGGGUAAGAGGUGGAGUUUUCCCAUGUAGUACUUUCAACUUUGAAUAUACACUAAUGAAUAAUUUUAUUUAACUUUGUACAUGUAACAUGAAAAUGUCUUAAAUUCCUAUAAUAUAUAAGCAACAAUGUAAC